AUGAACCCGGGUUACACAGUUAGACGGGCAUUGUUUGUCAUCGGCUUGGCCUGGCCCUCACCUGCGUACUUCGUGCAGGAGAGCGUCAUCUACGCCUCGUUGAAUCAAUGGAACCAGAAUCCCGAGGACGUCCGUCGUCAGGCACUCAACGUUUUCCGCAUGCGUCUCCUUGGUGCCGAGGUCAUCCCCGUAGAGGCCGGCACCCGAACCCUCCGUGAUGCCGUCAACGAAGCCCUGCGCCACUGGGUCGUCCACCUCGAGACCACCCACUAUCUCAUUGGCUCCGCCAUCGGCCCCCAUCCCUUCCCCACCAUUGUACGAACCUUCCAGUCCGUCAUUGGUGAGGAGACGAAGGAACAACUGCGCGAGAAGCGCGGCAAACUUCCCGAUGCCGUCGUGGCCUGCGUCGGUGGUGGCAGCAACGCCGUCGGCAUGUUCUACCCCUUCUCGAAGGAUCCUAGCGUGAGGCUCGUCGGUUUCGAGGCCGGAGGCGACGGCAUCGACACGCCCCGCCACAGCGCGACCCUUACCGCCGGUAGCCAUGGCGUGCUGCACGGCGUGCGUACCUACGUCCUCCAGGACACCCACGGCCAAAUCGGGGAUACCCACUCGGUGUCCGCCGGUCUCGAUUACCCCGGUGUCGGACCCGAACUGUCCUCGUGGAAGGACAGCGGAAGGGCCGAGUUCCGCGCCGUGAUGGACGCGCAGGCUUUCGAGGGCUUCAGGCUCAUUAGCCAGCUCGAGGGUAUCAUCCCCGCGUUGGAGUCGGCGCACGGUAUCUAUGGUGGUAUCGAGCUGGCGAAGACGAUGAAGAAGGGAGAAGAUUUGGUGAUCUGUGUGAGUGGACGGGGUGAUAAGGAUGUGCAGAGUGUGGCGGAUGAGUUGCCGAAGAUUGGACCCGUGAUUGGGUGGGAUUUGAGGUUUUAG